AUGUGUUGUAAGAGCUCGGCUUUAUUCCGCUCCUUGCUAGAGCGCGGUAUAAUCUGACAACGAUGACAGAUAGUCAGAACACAUACAGAACGGAGUGAAGCCAGAUCGUGUAUUACAGCAAGCUACCCACCACAAAUUGGCGACGAGGACAGGAUUAAUUUUCUUUAUUCCUAUUUGCAACACGAGAUUGAAGCAUUUGAAUUGAAAUAAAAUAGGGGAAUCAGCGAUGGAACCAAACAAAUUAUUUGGGAAUUUACCACCACUGUCGUUAGCAGGCGUUCCCCUAACCGAGCGGCGAACAAAAUGGACGACGUGGAAACGGGGGUUCGAAAUUUGGUUGCGUACGGCGAAGAUAGUGGACGGAACGGAGAAAAAGAAUUUACUUUUAACUUGUGGUUCUCUCGAGCUGCAAGAAAUAUUUUUCAGCAUUCCAGAUGCAGAUGUAGAGGCGGACGUAGACCAGGGCGUAGACCCAUACGAGAUUGCUAUUCUUAAAUUGGAUGAAUAUUUCGCUCCACAAAGACACGAAGCACACGAGAGAUUUUUGUUUUGGUCAAUGAAACCGGAGCCGGAAGAAACGCUAGAGAAAUUUGUAAUGCGUGCCCAAGCUCAUGGCUCCAAGUGCAAUUUCGGGGCAACUGCGGCAGAGAGUGCAGGGAUUGCAAUCAUUGACAAAGUGCUUCAGUUUGUACCGGCAAAUUUGCGAGUCAAACUUCUGCAAGAAAAAAACUUGUCUCUGGACGAAGUCAUUAAACAAAUAAAUUCGUAUGAAACAUCCCGAGUUGCCAACGAACAAAUGAGCGGUAGGAGCAAAUCUUUUGAAAUAGAUAACCAACACAUCCAUCAUAUAAAAACAUUGUGUCGAUUCUGUGGUCGUACCCAUGGGCAACAAUCUUGCCCGGCACGAGACAAAACGUGCGCAAAAUGUGGCAAGCGAGGUCAUUUCGCUGUUGUAUGCUACUCAAAUGCUGGACAAACUUCAAAUAGACUACAUACGAAUCAAAGAAUGCAAAAGAGGCCGUUCGGAGGGCACUUUAAUGAUUCGGAACUAAAUAAGAAAACGGCAAAGUUUGCAAGGAAAAUUCACGCAAUCCAGGAUGACGGAAAUGUACCUCUUGAGUGUGAAUUAGUGGAGAUGGUAUCUUCGGCAAACGAUUCAGACGAAUUGAUCUGGGCGAAAGUAGGCGGUAUCCUUAUCGAGAUGCAAAUUGAUUCUGGAGUCCAAUCGAAUAUCAUAGACGAUAGAACGUGGGCGUCAAUGAGGAAUAACCAAGUCAAGAUCAUUGGCGAGGCACGGAGUCCGGAUCGGAAGUUCAAGGCAUACGCUCAGACCGAUUGUUUAGAAAUAAUUACGAUGUUUGAGGCGGAAAUAGCUAUUGCGGACGGGUUGAAAGAACUCCGUACAAUUUCCAAAUUUUACGUAGUUAAAAAUGGUCCACAACCACUUUUGGGAAAAAUCACCGCAAAACAGCUUGGAGUAUUAUAUGUUGGAUUACCUAGCCAGCAUGAAUCAAUCAACCAGGUUGAAACAUUUCGCGCGUUCCCCUCAAUUCGUGGAGUCAGCAUCCACAUUCCAAUUGAUAAGACGGUGACACCCGUAGCUCAGCGACUCCGACGAUUGCCUUUGCCCAUGCUAGAUAAAGUUGAUAGUAAACUAAACGAGUUGGUCGCUAAAGACAUAAUAGAGAAAGUAUCGGAACCGAGCAGCUGGGUUUCACCCAUGGUGAUAGUUGUAAAAGAUUGUGGAAGUAUUCGGCUUUGCAUAGACAUGCGGCAAGUUAAUAAAGCAAUUUUGCGAGAAACGCAUCCACUACCAACCAUAGAAGACAUACGUUGGAGAAUGAAUGGUGCUAAAUACUUUUCUCGCCUUGACAUAAAGGAUGCUUUUCAUCAACUACUGCUCGAUGAAGAAAGUAAAACUCUCACAACUUUUAUCACCCACCGUGGACUUUAUCGUUAUAAACGAAUGAUGUUUGGGAUUUCAUGCGCUCCAGAGAAAUUUCAAAAAAUAUUGGAACAAGUUUUGGCCGACUGUCCAAACACAGUCAAUUUUAUCGACGAUAUCAUAGUUACGGGAAAAACUGAGACCGAACACGAUUUAGCACUAGAGAAAGUGAUGGAAAAGAUUGAGGAAUAUGGCAUUUUACUUAAUCAAUCUAAGUGCGUUUUCAAACUCACAGAAAUCGAAUUCGUUGGCCAACGUUUUAACCAGAACGGAAUGCUCCCUGCACUAAACAAAAUUGAAGCAAUAAGAAGCUUUCGGCCACCCAAAAAUUGUGAAGAGGUUCGGAGUUUUCUGGGAUUAAUUACUUACGUGGGAACGUUCAUUCCAAACUUAGCCACAGUUUCAUUCCCACUACGCGAAUUAACAAAGAACAACGCCGAAUUCGUUUGGGAGCGAGACCAGAACAAAGCAUUUAACGAACUGAUCCGGUUAGUUUCUAACGUCGAAAGAUUAGCCCAUUUUGAUCCUCAUCUAAAAACCCGAGUAGUGGCAGAUGCGUCCCCAGUAGGGUUAGGAGCCGUCCUCCUUCAGUUCCAGAACGAGCAGCCUAAAGUAAUAGCUUAUGCCAGCAAGAGCCUAACGAGUACCGAGCAACGGUAUGCACAAACAGAAAAGGAGGCACUAGCGUUAGUAUGGGCCGUGGAACGGUUCCAAAUCUAUCUAUUCGGAAUACGAUUCGAGCUGGAAACGGACCAUAAACCUCUAGAGGCUAUCUUUAGCCCCACAUCUUCUCCUUGUUUGCGGAUUGAGCGUUGGGUCUUAAGGCUGCAGGCUUUUAGCUAUGAUGUAAUUUAUCGGAAAGGAAAAACGAAUAUAGCUGAUCCUCUGUCUCGGUUGUCAAGUCCUACUGAAGUAUCAGAAUUUGAUCCAGAUUCUACAGUAUAUAUCCGCAGCGUGAUGGAAAAUGCUGCAAUCGAUGUGCAAGAGGUAGAGAUUGCUUCUUCGAAUGAUGCCGAAAUGCGGGCUCUUAAGGAGUGUUUGGAAAGAGGUGCGUGGAAUUAUACAGAUGAACUACUGAAACCUUACCAAGCAUUUCGAUUGGAACUCGGAACAGUUGGAGACCUAGUAGUCCGCGGUAGCAAACUAGUAAUACCGAAAGCUAUCCGGCAAAGAAUGCUAGAACUGGCACACGAAGGGCAUCCUGGACGCACUAAAAUGCAACAACGACUGCGAUGUACUUGCUGGUGGCCAGGAAUGGAUGAAGCUAUUGCUCGACUGGUUAGCAGCUGCUCAGGCUGCCAAUUGGUCAGCCAACCAGAUAAACCGGAGCCCAUGAAGCGAAGGCCACUACCACAUAAGCCUUGGGUAGAUGUAGCAAUCGAUUUUUUGGGCCCACUACCAACUGGUGAUUAUCUACUAGUAAUCAUUGAUUACUUCAGUCGGUACAAAGAGGUCGAAAUUGUUAAGAAAAUUACAGCGAUUGAAACAUCUGAACGACUUGAACGAAUAUUUGUGCGUCUUGGCUAUCCGAGAACCAUAACACUCGACAAUGGAAGGCAAUUUGUGAGCAAUUAUUUUGACAACUAUUGCAAACAGCGAGGAAUAUUGCUUAACAAGACAACCCCAUAUUGGCCGCAAGAAAAUGGUCUGGUUGAACGCCAGAACAGGUCUUUGCUAAAAAGGCUGAAGAUAAGCCAGGCUCAGAACGGGGAUUGGAAAAAAGAUUUGGGGGCGUAUCUCUCCAUGUACUACGCCACUCCACACAGCACCACAGGGAAAACACCGAGUGAGUUGAUGUUCAACCGAAAUAUCCGGACAAAAAUACCAUCAUUGGGAGACAUCAGUACCGGAUCUGCAUUACCAAUGUCUGAUUACAGGGAUAGAGACACAUGUAUGAAGGAAAAGGGAAGAGUGACAGAAGAUCAACGACGCAAAGCAAAACCGUCUGAUAUAAUAGUAGGAGAUAGAGUCCUAUUGAGGAAUACAAUGCCAGGCAACAAACUGAGUACACCCUUUGGACCACAGAUUGCAAAAGUAAUUGAGAAGCAAGGUUCUCGCGUAACAGUACAGGAUGAGCAAAACGGGAAAUUAUAUGACAGGAAUUCGAGCCACCUAAAAGAGUACAAGGACCCAGACGAUCAUAGGGAUGGUUGUGAGAGGGUGGUGGAUAACCAGGAGGAAGGAGUAGGUUUUAAUGAACCAACGACCGAAGAGAUACCGAGAACACUCUCCCGUCCGAAACGAGAAAUUAAACGUCCCGCUAGGUUCCUAUCAUAGAGUAAGAGAUUGGGUGAAAUAAUCAGAUGAAAUCAAAUAGUAAAUAAAUAAUUUGGGGAAUUGUA